UGCACUGAAUCUCCGGCAUAACAAACACAACUCAGCAGCUCAACACUCAAACUUUCUCCAGCACUUCUCACAUUACUGGAGUUAAAACGCUCCGCAUCAACACAACGGGAUGUCACGGAAUAUGUAACGCUAUCUAAUUAAGAUGAAGGACUGGUGUCGUCUGCUGCUCUUGGCUGGAAUUGCUGCUGUUUUUCAUGCAGCCUAAAGAGCACCCAUGCACACUAUGGCAACUAUCGGUCCAUGCUCCGAUGCAGAGGACCUGUUGGCUUCCAUCCACCUCGAGAGGUAUCUUGACCAUUUCCGUCAGGCAGGAUUUCUCCUCGCCCGAGACUUCUGUCAUGUGGACAAUGUCGCUCUGAACAGGGUGGGAGUCACUGCCACCGGCCACAGGAAGCGUAUCCUCAAACUGGUCGAGCACAUUCAGCUGAUCUGUCAACAUCAAAGGAAAGAGCUCUUGCUAGAUCGCUGUAAUUCAGAAUCCGCUAUUCACGAGGUGACCCCUGUCAAUGUGGAGCCUCUUUCUCCUACAAAACCUCCUGGCGCCUCUUUAGAAAGCUUACGUAACAGCUCUGCCCCGAAUCUUUGUGCACAAGUGAGGCGCUCAUUCUCCGAGCGUAGCACCAGUGUUGUAAAGCCGGUACCAAAACCAAGAACUGUCUUCCACAAACUAAGAGCAGAUAAAUUUUCUUUACCAACACAACAUGAAGCGCAACCUCGCCGAAAGUCAUCUCAGGACCCGAUGGUAAUAGUUGCAGAAGAUUCGUCCUCUACUCCGUCCAGUACAGACACUGUUGAAACAUUUUCUGAAUCAAAAAACGUCCAUUGUGAACCAGGUUUGAGUAAUACCACUCCAACCCCAGAGACUGGCGGAGUAUUACCUCCAGUGCCCCCUAGGUUCAAUCGAGGAAUUCCCCCAUCCGCAUUCAGGAAAAUGUCGGACCAGGAGCAUCUCAGCACCCCACCUCUCUGCACCCCACCUGACUCCCCCUCUAGUUAUCAGUGCUCUCCCUUCACCAACACACCUGGUUCACCUCCAAGUCCUCCCUGCUCAGGGCUAGAGAUGGUCUCUAAUGAAAUCUAUUGUGGCACUUUACCAGGCACUCCACGUGUAUUUUGGAGUCGCUCUUUACCCGUUCCCCCUCCGCGCCAGGAGGUCAGUCCGUCCACUGAAAAUAAAAGCACUUUAGAGAAGUCCAACUCAACUGAAACACCUAAAAGAACAUCCGCAUCUGCUGAGUACGAAGAUGAAAUGAUCAACCCGUACUGUGAAACUGUCUUCCACAGCAAGCGACAAUAUCAACAUUCAAAGGUUGACGGGACCAAAAUUGAGGAAAAGACUACAAAUAAAGAGGAUAAAACAAGAGAUCAUGGGCAGAACCAUCAUGCGUGGCUCAAGCGCCUUGAUUCUCCAGGUUACUGCACUGUGGGUGAACCCACACCGGGCUCCCACUCGUUCUCCCUCCCUCAUAACCUCUGCUCCAAUGAAACAGACGAGGACCACAUCAUCUCUCCCUAUGCCAGCUUCACCUCGCUGUCCGAGCGGAUGGCACCUAUCCUCAGCGGCUGGCUGGACAAGCUCUCUCCUCAAGGAAACUAUGUGUUCCAGAAACGCUAUGUGAAGUUUGAUGGGAAAAACUUGAUGUACUAUGGUAGUGAAAAGGAUGCUUAUCCCAAAGGUGUGAUUCCCUUAGCUGCCAUACAGAUGGCCCGAGUUGCCAAAGACAAUAAAUUUGAGAUUGUGACAAGUCACAGGACAUUUGUUUUCCGAGCUGAUAAUGAUGUCCAGAGGAGCAAAUGGUGCAGCAUAUUGCAGGAGCGGGUCAAAGAACAGCUGGUUUUUGGCCGUCCACGUUUUGGCCCCGGCAGUCAUUGCCAAAAGAGUGGCUUCCUGGAGCUUAAAGGAACCAAGUCAAAGAUCUAUGCAGCGAUUAUAAUGGAGCAGAUCUGGUUGUACAAGAGUGAGCAGUGCUUUAAAAAUGGGAUUGGAAUUACUGUAAUUGAGGCGAGAGGUGCUACAAUUCGUGAUGGGAAGGGAAAGAGCUUUGAUCUCAUUACUCCUUAUAAAACCUUCAGCUUUACGGCAGAGUCGGAGCGAGAGAAGAGGGACUGGAUGGAGGCGCUGCAGGAGUCCAUAGCAGAAACACUAUCUGAUUAUGAGGUGGCGGAGAAGAUCUGGUCUAACAGGUCCAACAAGAUCUGCGCAGACUGCAAAGCCAUCAAUCCAGACUGGGCAUCCAUUAAUCUCUGUGUGGUCAUCUGCAAGAAUUGCGCAGGUCAGCAUCGAAGUCUUGGCACAAUGGUGUCGAAAGUGCAAAGUCUGAAACUGGACACCAGUGUGUGGAGCAAUGAGAUCGUUCAGCUCUUCAUAAUGCUUGGCAACGAUAGAGCGAAUGAAUUCUGGGCAGCCAGACUUCCUGUGACCGAGGAGCUGGACUGUGAUGCCUCCCCAGAACAGCGGAGAGAGUUUAUCACCCACAAAUACAAAGAAGGAAGAUAUCUCCACCCUCAUCCCAGUUUCAGCACCCAAGAGGAACUUCUUAAGGCGCUGUGCACCGCCGUGACCGAGCAGAACCUCCUGAAGACAGUCACUCAGAUUUUUGCGGAAGCUGAGGCCGUUCGACUCGCUGACACUAAUGGAAACGUUAAGCGUCUGUCCCCACAUUACUCAUACACACAGUCUGCAGAUUCCUGUGUGUAUGAUGAGAUCAUGCAGCCCAUCCUGUACUCCGGAUACCUCUACAAGUCAGGCUCCUUGAACAAAGGGACAUUAUCCCGCAGAACCAGAGACGCAGAUUUUCAAAAGUACUGGUGUUCGGUGGAGAAGUCUAUUCUCUUCUACGAGUCUGACAGAUGUCAUGAGCCCAGUAUGAAGAUCAAUGUGAAAGACAUCAUCUGUUUAGGAGUUAACAGGCCAGAUUCUAGCAACAACAGCGGCUUUAUUGACAAAUUUCGAUACACUUUUGAACUUUACUUAACAUCUGAUAAACUGAUUCAGUUUGGAUUGGAGACUCAAGAGGCGUUGCAUAGUUGGGCGAAAGCAAUAGGGAAGGCCACCACACCUCUCAGCUGUCACUGCCUGCUGGCGCGAGAGUUCGAGCGAGUGGGCGUUCUGCGCUACAAGGCCAUGCUAGACCCGCAGUGGAAAGAAGGCUUCUUUGUUCUGCAGAAGUCAAACCUAUUCAUAUGCCCUGGAAAUGAUGGAGCCGCUGAGGAUAUAAUAAACCUGAAACGCCUACAGGAGCUCAGCAUUGCAUCAGAAACGGAGAAUCAUGAGAAGAAGGACAUUCUGGUUCUUGUUGAGAAAGGAAGGACUCUGCAUCUGCAGGGCAUGGGCAGGACCGAUUUCUCCCUGUGGUACGCAGACAUCCAGAAGUCUGCGGGAGGGAAGGGAAACAACCUUAAAGACCAGCAGCUCAGCAGAAAUGACAUCCCCAUCAUUGUAGACAGUUGCAUUGCAUUCAUAACCCAGUAUGGUCUGGGCCAUGAGGGUAUAUAUAGGAAAAAUGGUGCAAAAUCAAGAAUCAAGCUCUUGAUGGAAGAAUUUCGUAGGGAUGCCCGUAAUGUGAAGCUACGCAUCGGAGAUAACUUCAUAGAGGACGUGACGGAUGUACUGAAAAGGUUCUUUCGGGAGAUUGAUGAUCCCAUAUUCAUGGCUGAUCUUCACCCCUUCUGGAGGGAAGCUGCCAAGAUGCCUCUAAAGGCCCAGCGCUUGGAUCGAUACAAAGAGCUGAUUCGAGGUUUACCACGGGUCAACAGGACUACUUUAGCAGCACUCAUCAGUCAUCUCUACAGGGUACAGAAGUGUGCUGAUCUGAAUCAGAUGUGCACUAAGAACUUGUCUCUGCUGUUUGCACCCAGCCUGUUUCAGACUGAUGGAAAAGGAGAACAUGAGGUCAAAAUCAUAGAAGACCUCAUUGAUAACUAUCUGUAUAUAUUUGAUAUCGAUGAAGAGCAUCAAACUCAGAUUGAACUGGAAAUCAGUUUGAUAACCACUUGGAGAGACACGCAGCUCUCACAAGCAGGGGACUUGAUUAUUGAAGUUUAUCUAGAAGAAAAAAUACCAGAUUGCUGCAUCACUCUGAAAGUGUCCCCCACUAUGUGUGCUGAGGAGCUGACCAAUCAGGUGCUGUAUAUGAGAAAUAUUCCUCCUGGGGAAAAAGACGUGUGGAUGACCUUUGAGGCCAUUGAGGAAGGAGAGCUGGAGCGACCUCUUCACCCCAAAGAGAAGGUUCUGGAACAAGCUCUACAGUGGUGUAAAAUGGCCGAUCCCAGUUCGGCAUAUCUGGUGGUGAAGAAGGUGCCUAGAGGAGAAGCUAUAGACAUUUUCACAGCCUAUAAGAGUGAGAUUGUGAAGUCUGGAGUACUGAAGUGUCGGGAAGAGCCGCCCAAACUCUUGCAAGGAAACAAAUUCCAGGAGCGAUCAUUCCAAAUUAAAGACCACAGACUACUCCUGCUGAAGGACAAAAAGAGCAACAAGCCUGAGAAAGAGUGGCAACUGAAAACCUUGAAGAUUUACAUGGGCAUCAGAAAGAAGUUAAAGCCACCAACAAAAUGGGGAUUAACGGUAAUGCUGGAUAAACAGCAAUUGUACCUUAGCUGUUCCUGUGAAACUGAGUUAUGGGACUGGAUGACUAAUUUACUAAAAGCACAGAACGAUGACCUGCGCCCACCCGUGAUGAGACGGCACUCUUCCUCUGACAUUUCCAAGCAGAAGUUUGGCACCAUGCCGCUAGUGCCCAUCAGAGGAGAGGAGAGCAACACCAACUCCACCAUGCUCUCCGCCAACCAGACUCUGAGAAAGCUUCACACCAGAAGAGCUCUAUCAAUGUUCUUUCCCAUGAAGAUGCAGCAGGACUCGUUUGAGGAGCGCAUCGAAAGCCCCGAGCCUUUGUAUGAGGAGGUGGGCGACUUCGGCCUGCAGGUGCUCAAGUCUUUGGAAACGAGUUUCUUGUCCAGUGCUCCUGCAGAGACCCAGGAGGUUCCCGCACGGCCCGUCAGCCUGGGACAAAGGAAGACCGCCUCCCUGGAUCGCAUGGUUGGGUCAAACCCACUGCACUCUCUGUCCUCCUCUGGUCAAUCUCUAGACACCCUGAGCCAGGACGACUCUCUGCCCGUCCCAGGUAGGCACAGGUCACACAGAUCAUGUAGCCCGCAACAGGAAUUGCUGUUACAGGAACUCUCCACUAUGUUCUGCAAGAAACCAGAGUCUGAAGAGCAGCACAGUGCUGAGAACCUUAGAGACUAGACAAAUCCCGAGAGCAGUUUGCUUUGGAACUUGAAAUUGCCACGUGUAUCUGUUUGAAACCGGCUAGUAUUAAAAUAAUCUGUUCAUUAACAUAAAACAUUACUAUAAAAGUUUUGUGCCAAAGCAGUCACUGGAUUUAAGAUACACAUCUGUGAAUCUCUGCUUUAAUUGUUUUGUAUAGAUUGGUUAAAUCUGUGUUGGCAUGUGCAUUUGUUGACUUUGUUGAACUAAAACUGACCUCUCCACAUUUUAAAAAAUUUCACUUUUUUAUUAUUAUUAUUAUUAUUGUUAUAUUUUAUUAUUUGUACCUAAAGAUAAAAUUACAUUUAAGUUUCACUUUGUAACCUUUUUUUGUAAAAUAUACAUUUCUUGGCUCAGUAACAUUGUAUUUUCUCUAUAACUGUUUGAAAUGAAGCGUUAUGCACGUAAAGCAAAGCAUCUGUGGUCUGUAAUACAUAAUCAGUGGAAAGCAUUUACAGAGAUAUUCCAGGACUUCAGACAGAUUCAGUGACUACUGUAUGUGUGCGUUUCAGUUCUCCUGGGAUCUUUUUAUAUGUAUACUGUUUAUUAUAUUUAUUAAUUUAUUUAUAUAGACUAUUUGAUAUUUCUCAGUGUUUGGAAACACAGUGAAGGAACAUUGUUAUCAGAAGGGGGGCAAUUUCUUCAAUCGGACUGUAACAGUAGAGGGCAGUAUAGAUACAGCACAUGAUGUCCGGACAAUCUAUAGCAUUUGCAAUGCAUAGAUUUUCACUUCUCUUUGCAGGCAUUUAUUAAAGGCAUGUACAGUUCUAUAAAGUCUCAUAACAAAAUAAAUCUGUUCUUACCCUGAAUUUUUCUUCAAUAAAUAAUUUUUGAGUGGCAAAAACUUAUUUAUACAUCGAAAGAACACUCAUUUUCCAAUAGAUAUGAAGCUGUACUGAAUUCCUUACUGCUGUAUAGAAUUGCUUAUAUGCUAUAGUGCUAAAAUGGAUUUUGCAUAGUAUGGUAUCACAUGGUUUACUUCAAAAGGAUACUUUGAUACUUACUUUUAUCGUUUAUAGAAAGUUUCCAUUGAUUCAUUUUGUUCAUAUGUACUUCUGUGUUUUGACAUUUUGAAUUUAAUUAGUCUAAAUUUAUGUUUUUAGCCACUGAGAUCUUCACUGGUUUAUAUUGAGUCCUUGUGUGUAAAAAUAAAUGCAGAGGCAUCAAUAUCAA